AUGCAACCAAUUUUUUAUUUUACAACGGGCUUAUUGACACUUUUAGCAAUCGAUUGUAAAAAGAUAAAAAUACAAAUAGAAUCAGAUGAUUUAUUAAAAAUAUUCGAUGGAGUUAUUAAUUCAGAAACAUUAACGAACUUUGCACAACAACUUGUUCAACGAGGUAUAUCGAAACAUCGAGGUGUUAGAAACCCAUAUCACCCAGAAGAUGACCUAGUCAAUAGAUUUGACACAAUAGUUGAUAAAGAACAACGCUCGCCAGGAAAACGCCCAUUUCUCAUAGAUUUGACCAACCCGCAUCGAGGUAUACAAAAUGUUAAAAGAGAAACUGAAGUGCCCAACCAUAAUGUCGUUGUUAAUAAACAUACUGAAACGACAAAAGACCCGCUAGAUCAAGAAAAUGAACUAUUUCUAAGUGGAAAUGAAGUUGCCAAUGAUGAUAUUCUAACUGAAAUCGAACUACCAUAUAUACCGUUAAACGACAUAGAAGUAAAAGCAAAAAAUGAUGCAAUAAUUGAAAAAGAUGCAACUAUAAAGCAGAUUAAUAAAGAAAUAAAAAAUACAUCUGAUACCAAACAAAUUAUAUUAACAAGAAAAGAUGAACACAACAAAGGUUUGGAAUUCAUUGAUGAUAGAUCCAACUUUAAACCCAUACAAAAGAGGUUUGCUUUAAAAAAAUCUGAAUCAACUGUUAGUCCUUUUAUCAUCUAA